GUGGAGCCGGUGAACAAUGACUGGUAGGACCAGCAGAUGCAGAACAUCUGAACCCGCCUCCCCGCCUCUGAAGCCCCGCUGGACGAACGGACGGACCGGGGCGGACCGACGGCCACCGACGACCCGGGCUCAGCCUGAAGGCUCGUUCAGAGAUCCGAGCCGCGGCGGAGUGAAUGAACGGGCUCCUCUGCGCGUCUCCUGCGUGUGGAAGUGGAAGUGGGUCAUGCGGACCACCGGAGGAGCGGGAGAUAAACACGCAGCCUCCCGCAGCUGCCUGGCCGGUUAACGGCUCCCACAUCCCGCUUCUCGCGCUCCACAUGCGGCUCUGAUUCCCCCGAACAAAAUCUCACACUGACGGACAGAACCGGGGCUCCAACUCCUCUGUUCUGGAGAAAUAUUGUUGCCAUUCGAAAGCGAAGAAUCGGUUAGUCGGUUCCGAGCAGAUGCAGGACCAUGGAGGAGAGAGGCAGGUCGCCAGCAGCGUGCCGCAGAGCGUCAAGGCGAGCCUGUCUCUCUCCCCCUCCGGGCCGGGGCGAGCGGGCAGCGGCGGCGGGUCGCCCACGUCCAAACCGGGCUACUGCGGAGCGGUGCCGGUGGAGGACAUGCAGGCGCUGGCCAUCAGCUCGCUGUCCGCCGCGGACGUGGCCAAGCAGUACGAACACAUCCGGGAACUGGGGAAGGGAACAUACGGCAAGGUGGACCUGGUGGCUCACCGCACGCAGGGCACCAAAAUGGCGCUGAAGUUCGUGACGAAGAACAAGACGAAGCUGAAGAGUUUCCUGCGGGAGUUCAGCCUGACGGGUUCUCUGAGCUGCAGCCCGUUCAUCAUCAAAGUCCUGGACGUUCUGUUCGAGACGGAGGACAGCUACGUGUUCGGCCAGGAGUACGCCCCCGCCGGCGACCUUUUCGACAUCAUACCGCCGCAGGUCGGCCUGCCGGAGGACAUGGUGAAGCGCUGCAUGCAGCAGCUCGGUUUGGCUCUGGACUUCAUGCACAGUAAAAACCUGGUGCAUCGGGACGUCAAACCCGAAAACGUGCUUCUGUUCGACCGCGAGUGCCGCCGCAUCAAGCUGGCCGACUUCGGCAUGACGCGGCGCGUCGGCUGCCGGGUGAAGCGGGUGAGCGGCACCAUCCCCUACACGGCGCCGGAGGUCUGCCGGGCCAACCGCGCCGAGGGCUUCCUGGUCACCACCAGCAUGGACGUGUGGGCGUUCGGCGUGCUGGUCUUCUGCAUGUUGACGGGGAACUUCCCCUGGGAGGCCGCCAUGCCGGCCGACGCCUUCUACGAGGAGUUCCGGCGCUGGCAGAAAGCGGGCUUCCCCGCCGGGACUUACCCGUCCCAGUGGCGCCGCUUCACCGACGACGCGCUGCGCAUGUUCCAGAGGCUGCUGGCCGCCGAGCCGGAGAAGCGCUGCGGCGUGAAGGACAUCUUCUGCUUCAUCAAGUACGAGCUGGUGAGCGAGCUGCGGCGCCGGGCGUCCUACCGAGCCAAACGGGGCGAGAGGUCCAGCUCCGGAGUGUGCACCGGCAGCUGCGCCGCGUCGUCUUCGCGUUCCUCCAUCAGACACCCGGAGCCGUCCACGCCCCCCGGAACGUCCUGCCUCCGCCCGGCGCCGCUCAAACGUAGCGUCCUGUCCGACCCGCUGUCUCCCAGAGACGAGGCCGGGCAGCACCAGUCCCCGGGCCGAGACAAGAACAAGAGUCAGAUGGUCAUGGCGACUGCCAUCGAAAUCUGCGUUUGAGCACUGAUGGCUCACAGGUCUGACGGCAUAAAGCUGCCAUUUUAGAUUGAAUAAAUGACCAAAAAUAUGGCAGGAACUCAGACAUUUUGAGAAUAAUUGAAUAAAUAUUAUAGAAGAAUUUUGAAAUCAAAUUUUGUGAGCUCCAAAAGUCAAAAAUGUGAUGAUAAAAACGAAAACAAAUUUCCAAAAGUUGCACAUUUUCCACUUUUCACACUCAGAAAUUUUAUCUUUCUCCUAGAAAAUUUCUGGGGGCCAAUAUAAAUUUUUGUUUUUUUUUCGAGCAUAUUUUCAUUUUUGGACCUCAAAACUUCAAUUUUUCUCAGAAUGUUUGGCAUUGAAAAAUCUUGGAAAUUUGUAUGUUUUGAAAUUUGAAAAUAUGGUUAAAAAAAAGUGAAAUCUUGAAAUUAACCAAAAAUAUUUUCAAGAAUAGCAGCUGACCUGAAUUUUCAACUUUUUAAAUUCUUGAAAUUUUUGACUUGUGAAACUUAGAAAUUUCAAGUUUUUUGAUAAAAAUAUCUCAGAUUAAUGUUUUUGUUGUUGUUGUUUUGAAAAUUUUCUCAGUUCCAGUCUCAGAAAUUUCCCAGUUUCUUCCAGAAAUUUUCUGAGAUAAAACUCAAAAUUUCUGAGUUUCUUGGUGGAAAUGUUCUCUUUUUUUUUAUCUAAAUGGUCCCGAUGUGGCGUUUUAGAGAAGAGACGUUAAAAGUGACCUAUUUAUGCUUUCUUGAAAGAUUUUAGGAUAAAUAUAUGGCCUAUACAAAACAUGUUUAUUACAUUUUUUUGAACAAAAUCACUCUGGGAUAAGGUGAUUUUAGUCAAAAUGAGCUGUUUUGUCACUUUAAAUCCCAAUUAGCUGCUUCUGGCCACGCCCCCCAACUCAACGUUUACACUCACGUGAAAAUGGCUGCAAACAGAUCCGCAAUUAUACAACAGGACAUCUUUGAAAAGCAGAAGUGGAGCCUCCUGCACAACCACCAAGAAUGCAGCAAGAGGUUUCUGGAUGUUAAGUCAAGAACGAAACACUUUUCAGCGGUAAAACCUGUGAAGCAAACGUGCUGGAGCUCGGCAGCUGUUGCUAGGUAACAGGGCUCGACAACGGUUACUAGGUUACUUCAAUGUGACUUAACAACAAGGAGGUUUUUGAAACACUAAAAAAACUGAACUUAUUGCCAGAAAAAUGGUUAUUUGAUUAGAUUUUUUUAAAGAUCUUGUUCUGUUUUUCUAAAAGCAGUAGAAACCCAAAUGGAAGUAUAAAAACAUGUAAAAGGUGAGUUUAGCAUAAUUGGCCUCCUUUAAUGGCUUCCAGAGACGUGAAGCUCAGGAUCCAAACCCACGCUGGGGGAAAUGGACGCCAUCAAUCAGCGGCGAACUGUCGGACAGCCUGUCAGUGAAACUCGAUUCCUUUUGGGGUUGAUUUGUGACCAAAGACCGAUUCCUGAGCAGAGAAGCCAUGCAGGCGGCGCCGCUCCUCGUUCAGCCAGUCGGACAUUUCCGGCCCAAACGCUUUGUGGUGGUGCUAAUUACGCUCAAGUUAGCUUCCCUCCAUGUUCCAGAGCUUCACUGCUUGCUUAUCUGCAGUAAAAUGUAACAGUAAAGUCAGAUUUUGUCACUUUAUAGCUGCAAACUUUGAGAUUUUAUGUGAACUGAAAGUAGGACUGGGCAACGAGAAUAAGAAAAUAAAAUCUCAUUUUUAUCUAUUUUACUUUUACUUCAUGUAUGCAAAUGACAAGUGGCUUUUAUUAUUUAUCUAAAUUUGAUUUUCUUAAAUUUUUUAUUCUGUGACAAAAACACUCAACCCUCUUCAUAGAUCAAUAAACUUAUCAUCUAUUAUCUCUAUUAUUACAAUUAUCCCUUCUGUGCAAUGAAUUAUUAAACUAAGAGUUUAAUAAUGUCAUAUUUGCAAAAUAAAGAUCCAGUUUGACCAGAACAUUUUUAAAUUUACAAAUAGUACUUAAAUAAUUAAUCUGAAUGAGCGGCUCAGUCAGUUUAUCUCAAAGAUCAGCGAGUGAUGAUAAUUUGAAACUAAUUUGUAGUAAGACAAAAUAUUUCCUUAUUUUUAAAACCCAUAACUUCAGAAGAUAAUCACUAUUCCUCAUAAGUUAUUCAUGUAUUUUCUUAAUAUCACGACUUCAUUGCCGUAAUUGGAAAAUAAAAUCAUAGCUUCACCCUAAAACCCGAAUUCAAAGUCCAAGUGGAAAUGCAAUUAGUGGAAAAAAAAAUUUAAUUUUCCAACAAUCAAAACUUGAAAAACCCAAAAUUUGCUAAACUGAUGAAGCUGAUUAAUCACUCAGCCCUAACUGGAAGAAACCUGCUAGGUUUGCACUUUUAGAGAUUCUGUUUUUGUUUGUUUUGAGAAAGAAAAUGAUCUCUGAAGCAUGAUGCUGCCACCACCCAAUCUAUCACAUAAAAUCUACGCUGAAGUUUGUGGUUCUGAUGUGACAAAAUAUUGUAGAUUUAACAGUAAUUUGGGUAAACAAGUCAGGAGAACAAAUUAAGGUGGUAACUGCAUUUUACUGCCAUUUCUGAGACCUCCUGUUGACCUCCAGUGCAUAAAACCAGAUUUAUCUAAGGGAAAGAAUUACUAAAACAGAUAAGAAAUAAAACCCUCAGUGUAGCAGCUUGGAUGAGACGUGUCUUUAUGACGGUGUCUAGACUCGAGAGACGGACUCUCAGCGCUAAGAAUCAACUCAGGACUCUUCAGUGGAAAACUUCCUGUUUAAUCACUGAUGGAAACUCGUGUGGAGGCUGGAGGACGCAGCUGGCACUUUUCAAUGACUCUGCAAGACGCUACAAAAACAGAGAUGUCGCACUCUGGACGAAAAAGGAGAAAUCUUCGGUGUGUCUAAAGUUUCAAAAGCACAACGUCUUUUUUUAUUAGUAAUUACUGUUAGAGAAAGUUAUGACUCUAAGUUGUACAUUGGUUGAUAUUUGCACCAUAUAAUCAGGUAGUUCAAUGUAGCUGAACUCUUUUUCUACAACAGUGAAGGCGUUUCCAGUUCAUAGUGUAUGUAGCAAAAAUGACCAUCAUCGAUCAAAACAUCUCGAUGGGUGAUCUAUAACAGUGUAGCGUCUUCUGUUAGUUCACUACCAUACUGUUCUGGUUUUGAUUUCUAUUAAUCUACUUUUUAUUUUCACACAGAUUGACAUGAGUUCUAUUGUACAAUAGAGGAUUGGGCCCAAUUUAAGAGAUUUAAAGCCAUAAUAUUAUGAGAACAUGACGCAAUGUUACCUUAAGACAGUUGUGAAAUUAUGAGAAAAAUUUAAUUGUAUUAAGAAAUAUUUCCGAUUUCCAUCUACAAAUGGAGCACACCACAGUUCUCAAGUCGGAGAAAUAUUUUGGAUUUUCUAAUAGUGGUGGUGCUAACUGCAGUUAGCAUUGCUAAGAUGAUAACAAUGUAUUUGUCUCCAUUUUAUGCUUUGAAAUUUUAAGAAACAUUUUCACCAAAAAUAUGUGAGGGUAAAAUUUAGACUCUCAGAGGAGUUAACGUAGAGUUUCGCUAUGUUUUAUAGCGUGGCGGCCAUGUUGGAUGUUACCUUUGGGCUGCCCGGGGUCGGCCAUGUUGGUUGUUACCUUUGGGCUGCCCGGGGUCGGCCAUGUUGGUUGUUGGGCUGCCCGGGGUCGGCCAUGUUGGUUGUUACCUUUGGGCUGCCCGGGGUCGGCCAUGUUGGUUGUUGGGCUGCCCAGGGUCCUCCGUCUUUCCCUGAGAUCUUAAGAGUGUUUGCUUGUUAACUGGGACUACAAAAAGAAAACAAAGGUUAUUUCAUUUGCUGCCAUUACAAAACCUCAAACUUUGUAUAAAAAAGCAUUUUAUAUGGAGUGUCUUACUUUUAGUGCAACAAUGAACAGCAUUCAAACCUAAAGGUAUUUUGUAAUACUAAUAUAUCUGACCCGCAAUGUUUUGGUUUUGCUUUCAUCAAUACCAUUUUGUAACAAAUGACUAUCAUUAGUUGACGUGAACUAUUCUUUCUGAUGGACUGUUAUUGCAGGAAAUCAUAAAAAUAAUUUAAUUUGAGAUCUGGUCAGGCUAUCCUUCCCUUUAUCCUCUGUAUCCUGAUCCAGUGUUGGACAAUUUUUCUGCCCUUAAAUUAGUCUUAGAAUCUAUUUGUAUAAAAAUGUACAGGCUGUGUCCUUAAAAGAGGUAGAAACAAAAUGUUAAUAUAUGUUGAAAUAAAUUUAUGCACCACA